CUCUGUCAUUCCUGACAUCUAAUCCACCAAGCAACUAGACCAUUUGUGCCCGGACAACAUGUUUUCCUUCGGUCACGACAAAGAGAAGAAUGGCAGUGAGCCAUCUGCUCUCACAGCUGGAGAUAGAAACGACAUCGAGGAGGCCUAUGUGUCCGACAAUGCCGACCAGCUCCAGCGACACCUGGGAAACCGACAGAUCCAGCUCAUUGCCAUCGGAGGUUCCAUCGGCACUGCUCUCUUCGUGAGCAUCGGCGGCGGUCUGUACCGUGGCGGUGCUGCGAACCUGCUGAUCGCCUACACCAUCCAAAGCUGCAUCCUGGCCAUGGUGAACAACUGCAUAGCGGAAAUGAGUACGGCCUAUCCAGUCAGUGGUGGGUUCAUUCGCCUGGCUGGCAAGUGGGUGGACGAUGCUCUUGGUUUUAUGGUCGGCUGGAACUUUUUUUUCUACGAAGCCCUUCUCAUUCCUUUUGAGAUUUCGGCCUUCACCCUGGUUUGUUCCUUUUGGAGUGACGAAGUGACGAAGCCUGGUCCCACGGCAGGUAUCGUGCUUGGUGUCAUCAUUUGCUACGCCGCCAUCAACAUGUUUGCCGUCGGGGCCUACGGCGAGGCCGAGUUCUGGCUUUCCGGGGGCAAGGUGAUCCUGAUCUUUUCGCUGUUCUUCUUCACAUUUAUCACCAUGGUCGGAGGCAACCCGCAGCACGAUGCUUACGGCUUUCGGAAUUGGGAACACGGAGGAGCCUUCCGUGAAUACAUCGGCACUGGCGAUCUCGGUCGUUUCCAGGGAUUCUUGGCCGCGCUUUCAUCUGCAGUCUUCACCGUUGUUGGACCCGAGUACAUCUCCAUGGUCGCUGCCGAAGCCAAACGACCCCGAGUUUACAUCAAAGCGGCUUUCAAGAUGGUCUACAUUCGAUUUGGUAUCUUUUUCAUUGGUGGUGCCCUGGCCGUCGGUAUCGUUUGCAGCUCGCGUGACCCCGAAUUGGCGAAUGUUGUCCUGGGUGGCAGUACAGGUUCGGCAGCUGCAUCGCCGUAUGUGAUUGCCAUGCAGAAUAUGGGCAUUAACGGCUUUCCACAUCUCGUCAAUGCGUUGAUGUUGACAUCGAUCUUUUCCGCGGGAAAUACCUACACCUAUUGCGCCAUCCGAAACCUGUACGGCUUAUCACUGGAAGGAAGAGCUCCAAAGUUCCUGAGGAAAUGCACCAGGAAGGGAGUUCCGAUCUACUGCUUCUUUGUGGUCAUGAUCUUCCCCAUGCUGUCUUUCUUGGCGUGCUCGAAUAGUUCCUCAGUCGUCAUUACGUGGUUCUCAAACCUCGUCACCGGUGGAGGCCUCAUCGACUUCUUCGUUAUGUGUGUGACCUAUAUCUUUUUCUAUCGAGCUUGCCAAAAGCAAGGACUCGACCGCAGCAAGCUUCCCUAUACCGGUUGGUUCCAGCCUUAUUGCGCCUACGUCGCGGCCGUCUGGCUGUUCUUGGUCACCUGUAUCUAUGGGUACACCUGUUACCUCCCGUGGUCGGUGUCGAACUUCUUUUCACAAUACUCCAUGCAGCUCUUCAUUCCUCCUCUCUUCGUCAUUUGGAAACUGGUCAAGAAAACGAAGAUGGUAAGACCAGAAGAAGCCGACCUCGUUUGGGAAAGACCCAACGUCGAUGCAUACGAGGCGACUAUCAUCGACCCCCCCGUUGGGUUCUGGACAGAAAUGUUACAGCUUGUCGGGCUAAGGAGGAACAAGGGAGGAAAUGACAAGCGACGUCGGAGCAGCGUCAUUGUGCCUACCCAGGCAGCCACCACAGACUAUGACCACCGAGGAGAAUCGUUGGAUCAUGGCAAGGCUUAGAUCUGCGCGAAUGGUGUUGCGCGCAGAAAUGUGCUGUGUGAAACUGGAUACACAGCAUAGGCGUGAGAAUCAAGUCAUGUGGAGACUGGACCUUUCUCUUCCGCUCGUCAACGAUACUCGACGUCUGUAAACGUUUAGGCCUCCCUUUGCGCCGAACUAGAAUCGCUCCGACUGCGACGCCCCUUCUUGCUCUAGGUCUGGCGCAUGAUAAGACACAAGGGUGUGACCCCAAUGCGACUUCCCUAGUGUUUACUAGACCGUUGGCCUUGUACCUUCAAGGUUGUGUUGCAAACUCUCGUGAAGAGGGGGAAACGAACAGGGAUCGAACAAGGAUUGAACAGGGAUAAGGACGCCAAGGAACGAGACGAUGACAGAUCCGGUCUUAGUUGGGUUGUGCAGCGAUGGCCCGAUGGACCUGCAGCGAUUGGCCUUUUAAGGUAAUCCUAUCCCCGGAUCUUCAACAGUAGGCGGACUAGGUUCGGCUCUCUGGACAUUUAUACGCCAUAGGGUCCAUGACCGCGCCCUUCUCGAACUACUGUAAUGGUUGCCGGCAAGUCAACCUGGACGUCUUCAACACUUCAAAGUGUUUCCACUAGCCAGACGGGAUCCGGGAGAACGUUUUGGCAGCUGCCCGUUUGUCGUCGUCGACGACGACGACGACAAAUGAACACACAUCUUAG